AUGCCAACAAAAGACCACCCCAUCGACUCCCCCACGCAACUUCAGCGCCUGGCAGAUGAAGACCCCUCCCUCGAACACAACCUCAACAUCAUCCUCUUCGCCCCUCUAGCCCACUCCGAAGUCCUCCAACAAUGCCGCGACCACAACUCGCGCUACGCCAAAGACUCCGAGGGCCGCCGUUGCGGACUAACUGACUAUGAAUACUUAAACAUCGACACCCUAGCGAAAGCCUGGCGGGACAAUUGGAAGACCUUACCCGUCACAAGCAUCUCGCGGGUGACGUUCGACUUGACGCUUCCGACGCCGGACGAGGGCGUCGAGCAGGUGCGGUGGGAGCAUGGGAGCAGGACCGGGGUGAAGAUCCAUCCGCCGGAGCGGGAGAUGACAUCGUUGGUGAAUACGCUGGUCUUGGAGAUGCAUAUGCGCAGUCGGGGGAGGGUGAAGAUGGAGGUUGUGUCGAGGGGCGAGGGGGUUCAGGCGAGGAUGGGGAUGAUCACGAGUUAUAUUGAGGCGCUGGAGACGCAAGGGAGAAGUUCGACGGAGAGGAGUUUGAGGGAGAGGUCGAGGCGUUCGUAA